AUGGCUCCAUCCACCGGUCGAAGGCAUCCAGCCCAAAUUCUCAGCCCUUCAGGGUCUAGAAUGGAAUGCUGGAGGCGAUUGACUGACCUCAGAUACUGCUUUAGAAAAGAAAAUGCUCAUAGAUUCUGUACAAAACUCAUCUUUUUAUUGGCUUUCCUAUUCAACAAUGUCCUCAUGAUGUGCCUUUUCAUCUGGGAGAAUUUGGUUUACUCGGAACGCACAAAAAGUGGUAAAGAAACAGACGGAUGCCUGGGAGACUUCGAAUAUCCCUAUACGUUGACAUUCCGUAGGUCCUGUCCGAAUCAGUCGUUUUAUUGUGCCAACGUUUACGUCACUUAUCCCUUACUUUCAGACUCCUCCGUGGCGUAUUUCUCGUUGCUGUCUCUAUUAGUCAUCGCCCUGAUGUUAUUUAUGCAGCUAAAACACUUCAGGAUACAGUCUCAGAUCUAUUUUAUUGUUUCCUUGUAAGUUCAUUCAUCCAUUUGAAAACUUUAGUCAAGCUAUUCACGUACACCUACUUAUAUCCGACGUCUAUUUUCAGACUAGCUGCGUCCACAUUCUUAUUCUCCGCUGGGUUAGUCCUGGUCUCCGCAUUUGGUAUCCUAUUUGAAAAUGACAGUUGCAAAUCCUCGGAAACAUUAGCCAUAAUAAAACUACGGUUCGUAUUCAAGAGUACUGCCGCCUUCAUCACCUCCUUGCUCUUCAUGGCGGCUGGGAUCUCUCUCAACUCCAAGAGUCGUUCAACCGUAUCCCCAGAAGUGCCUAUCUCUCCCAUUUAUCAGAUCCAUCCACCCCAAUUCGAUGCUCUCUAUCCUCCGCCACCUCCAACUUAUCAACAAUCACAAAGAGAGCAUCGCCGGAAUCAAAGUAAUACUCAGUAA